CCUAUUGCGAAAGCGUUGUCCACGAGUACAAGCGCAUACGUAUACUGUCAUAUAUAGAGCAUCAAAGACAGACAUCAUGGCCACAGGAAAAGCUAUUGGCAUCGAUCUCGGCACGACCUACUCUUGCGUCGCAUGCUGGCAGAAUGACCGAGUCGAGAUCAUCGCCAACGACCAGGGCAACCGCACCACGCCAUCUUACGUUGCCUUCACAGACUCUGAGCGACUGAUUGGCGAUGCCGCAAAGAAUCAGGUCGCCAUGAACCCACACAACACCGUCUUCGACGCCAAGCGAUUGAUCGGACGCAAGUUCGCAGACAGCGAGGUUCAGUCCGACAUGAAGCACUGGCCUUUCAAGGUCAAGCCCGCUGCUGGCGACAAGCCCAUCAUCGAGGUCGACUAUCGUGGCGAGAAGAAGGAUUUCACUCCCGAGGAAAUUUCAUCCAUGGUCUUGCUCAAGAUGCGCGAGACUGCAGAGGCUUACCUUGGCCAGUCCAUUCAGAACGCCGUCGUCACCGUGCCGGCCUACUUCAAUGACUCGCAGCGUCAAGCGACAAAAGAUGCAGGCGUCAUCGCCGGCCUCAACGUUCUCCGUAUCAUCAAUGAGCCCACCGCUGCUGCCAUCGCCUACGGCCUCGACAAGAAGGCCGAGGGCGAGAAGAACGUCCUCAUCUUCGAUCUCGGUGGUGGUACAUUCGAUGUCUCUCUGCUGACUAUCGAGGAAGGUAUCUUCGAGGUCAAGGCGACUGCCGGUGACACCCAUCUUGGUGGUGAAGACUUUGACAACCGUCUCGUCAAUCACUUUGUGCAAGAGUUCAAGCGCAAGAACAAGAAGGAUCUCUCGUCCAACGCUCGUGCGCUCAGACGUCUUCGUACUGCUUGCGAGCGAGCGAAGCGAACGCUGUCGUCAGCUGCUCAGACGACCAUCGAGAUUGACUCGCUCUUCGAGGGCAUUGACUUCUACACUUCAAUCACCCGUGCUCGUUUCGAAGAACUCUGCCAGGAUCUAUUCCGAGGCACCAUGGAGCCAGUCGAAAAGGUCCUGCGCGACUCCAAGAUCGACAAGUCCUCCGUCCACGAGAUCGUUCUCGUCGGUGGAUCCACUCGUAUCCCACGUAUCCAGAAGCUCGUCUCCGAUUUCUUCAACGGCAAGGAGCCCAACCGAUCGAUCAACCCUGACGAGGCUGUCGCAUACGGUGCCGCCGUUCAGGCAGCCAUCCUGUCCGGUGACACCUCAGAGAAGACUCAAGACUUGCUGCUGCUCGAUGUCGCGCCUCUGUCUACCGGUAUCGAGACUGCUGGUGGUGUCAUGACCAAGCUCAUUCCUCGCAACACGACCGUGCCAACGAAGAAGAGCGAGAUCUUCUCCACCUUUGCGGACAACCAGCCAGGUGUGCUCAUCCAGGUCUUCGAAGGCGAGCGCGCCCGGACAAAGGAUAACAACCUGCUCGGCAAGUUCGAGCUCUCGGGUAUCCCACCUGCGCCACGAGGCGUGCCCCAGAUCGAGGUUACCUUUGAUAUUGACGCAAACGGUAUCUUGAACGUCUCUGCUGCCGAUAAGACGACUGGCAAGUCCAACAAGAUCACCAUUACCAACGACAAGGGUCGUCUGAGCAAGGAAGAGAUCGACCGAAUGGUCUCCGAGGCCGAGAAGUACAAGGCGGAAGACGAGGCUGCGACCGAGCGGGUAUCCGCCAAGAACGGCCUAGAAUCUUACACUUACAACCUGCGCAACUCGAUCGAGUCGGACGAGCUCAAGUCGAAGCUCGAAGAGUCAGAUAAGACCACUCUCGAGGAGAUGAUCAAGGAGACCAUAGAAUGGCUCGAUGCCUCCCAAGAAGCUUCCACCGACGAAUACAAGGAGAAGCAAAAGGAGCUCGAGGGCAAGGCAAACCCGAUCAUGAUGAAGCUAUACGGCGCUGGCGCUGGCGGUGCGGGCGGUAUGCCAUCAGGUUUCCCAGGAGGUGCGCCGGGCGGUGCGCCGGCCGCAGAUGACGGCCCAAGCGUAGAGGAAGUCGACUAAACGGUCAUGGUCAGCUAGCUGUUCAUAGAAAAUGCA